UGGGCUUGGCUUUGGCAUGUGGCGAUGGAGUCGGAAGAAGGAGAAAUGGGGGCUGCUGACAGAGUGAGCUCUGGCUGUGGAGAGUUUUAGCUAGCCUCCGUGUAGUGACGAGGAUGCCCGACUCACUUCGUUGCAUUUUAUUUCCCGGCAAAGCUAUGCGGAGUUGCGUUCAAAUACAGUUUUGAUUGAGGUUUGAGCGUAAACAUGCCUCGGAUCUCGUGAUGUGUGUUUAGGAUCGCAGCCUAAGUCUGUAAAAGAUCGGGAGUCGUAACUGAGGGUGUACAUUUUAUAUAGACGACUUGUUAUCCUCCCCCCCCCCCUUCCAAACUAACACAAUAACAGCAGUCGGCUCACUGAAGGACAAAGACGGAAUUACUUGUAUGUCUUAAAGAGAGAAAUCAGAUACUAAUGUCAAGGAGAAGACGGUCAUUGAUAGAUUCUGAAGACAUUUUGUGAAUAUGAAGAAACACAGAGGCCGUACAUCCCGAAAGAGGAGAAGAAAUCACUCUAGAUGUUUUUCACAAUGUGGUGUUAAUCUUAGCCACAAAUGUGAAUAUAUACGUCUUAAGAAAUGGCUGAAAGAAAGAGGCUAUGAAGACAGUAUAUUAAGGCCAGCGCAAUUUUCAGAAACAGGAAGAGGACUGAUGACUACAAAAGCUCUUCAGGCAGGACAGUUGAUCAUUGCGUUGCCUGAAAAAUGCUUGCUCACCACUGAUACUGUACUUAGCAGCUAUUUUGGAGAAUACAUUAUAAAAUGGAGGCCUCCAAUUUCUCCUUUGACUGCACUGUGUACAUAUCUAAUAGCAGAAAAAUGGUCUCUUGAGAAGUCUAAGUGGCAUCCUUACCUAGAUCUUCUACCUGAAACAUACACCUGUCCUGUAUAUUUGGAGGAAAAGGCAGUGAACCUACUUCCCGAGCCUUUGAGAAGAAAGGCCCAUGAGCAAAGAAGUCUGGUGCAGGAACUGUUUAACUCAUCAAAGAAUUUUUUCUUUUCCUUGCAGCCUCUGUUUUCUGAAGAUGUGGAGUCUAUUUUUAACUACAGCACUUUUAAGUGGGCUUGGUGCACCAUAAAUACAAGAACAGUAUAUAUGAAGCAUUCACAGAAGGAAUGUUUUUCUAGAGAGCCAGAUAACUAUGCAUUAGCCCCAUACUUAGACCUACUAAAUCAUAGUCCGUCUGUCCAGGUGAAAGCUGCAUUUAAUGAGAAGACACAGUGCUAUGAAAUAAUGACCCUUUCACACUGUCCAAAAUACAAGGAAGUAUUUAUUAACUAUGGCCCUCAUGAUGAUCAGCGCCUGCUUCUAGAAUAUGGCUUCAUUGCCACCAGUAAUCCACACAACAGUGUGUAUGUUGGCACAGAUACCAUUCUUAAAUAUCUCAUUCCAGAGGAUAAACAGAGGCACAUGAAGGUUUUCAUUUUGCAAGAGCACAGACUUUUAGACAAUUUGACAUUUGGGUGGGAUGGGCCCUCUUGGAGACUUCUUACAGCACUCAAAUUGUUGUGUCUUGAAGCUCACCAAUUUACUUCAUGGAAGAAAGUGUUGCUUGGUGAUACCAUUUCAGAGAGGAAUGAAAAGAAGACUUUGGACCUUGCAACAAAAAUCUGUACAUCACUGACAGAGGAGACUCAGCAGGCCCUUCAGAAGGUUUCUCUUUUAAAAAGAGAUUAUAUGCAUCUUAUAAACCAACUAACUUUAGUGGAGGCAUUACAUAUGGAAGAUCUAAACAUCUUACUGCUGUCUGCUGAGAAUCUUCAACAUUUACACUGCCUGGCGAUUUGAUCUCCUUGGAAUAGUGUGUUAGAGCAUAGAUGAUUUCUCUGUUUGUCUUAAGCAGAUGCUGAAAAUGGAUUUGUCUCAUAAAGCCCUGGAGAUCU